UUUCAUUUUUGAGACACUGGUCUCAACUGUAUUGCUGAGGCUGGCCUCAAACUUGAGAUCUUCCUCCCUCAGCCUUCAGUCACUGGAACUUAUAAGCCCAGGACACCGAGCUCAGCUACUGUUAAUUUUCUAUCCUGCGAAUUUACCAAGUAAUCUUUUUGACACUUAAUUGAACGACUUAUGUUUUCAGAUGUGUAAUCACAUUGUAAGCACAUAAAAGGGAGCUUGAGAGAAUCGCUGACGUUGAAAAAGUCAUCAAAACCCAGCAAGUUGGCAUAAAUCUGGGCAGAGGUCCCUUCACUAUUGUGAAGCAUUCAUUCAGAAAGGACUUCAGAACAUCCCUUUGAGGGACCUGGAAUCUCAGUGAUGCAGAAACGGAAAUAAACUUGAGGGGAGAAUGAGAGAAUCCCUAUCUUCAGAUCGGCUCUGCAGGCGCGGAUCAGCGCUAGGGUGGGGGUCAGUGGGACAAUGGCCGAGUAAAGACAAGGAAGGAAGAAGAAAAACCCAUUCAAGCUUCUGAGAAUACCCAGCCUAGCUCCCGCGAGCGCAAGGGAUGAAACCAUCGAGUGAAAACCCCUCUCGCCCCUUCCUAGAGCUGCCACGGAAAUGCGCCCCGCACAGGCAGAGCCAGCCGGCCCUCCAUACGCAGGGGCCUUUGUCCAUUCAGGAAGAACUUUUCCAGGAGAGAUCUUACUGAUAGAGCUUUUGCACAGCUAUAAUGUCAUCUACUUGGAAUAUCCAGGCCAAAAAGGACCAGGAAGAACUUCUGGAAGUAAAGAUAGAGGACCAGGAGGAGGAAGAGAAUAAAUAUACCUCCAGACAGGAUGAGAGCCUUCAAAAGAACAACACUCAUAGCAGAGAGGUCUUUCGACAAUACUUCAGGCAGUUCUGCUACCAGGAAACAUCUGGACCUCGGGAAGCUUUGAGCCGACUCUGGGAGCUUUGCCAUCAAUGGCUGAGGCCAGAGACUCACACCAAAGAACAGAUCCUGGAGCUGCUGGUGCUGGAGCAGUUCCUGACCAUCCUACCUGAGGAACUUCAAGCCUGGGUACAAGAGCAGCAUCCAGAGAGUGGAGAGGAGGUGGUGAAUGUGCUGGAAGAUUUAGAGAAAGAGCUAAAUGAACCAGGUUAUCAGGCUUCAGGAACAGAAGAAGAACCCAGUGUGUCCCUCCAGGCUAUGAAAAUCCAGUGUGAAUCUCCAGAACUUGAAGCUCAAGAGAAGCAAGGUAAUAAAGGAAGACCCAUUUUGAGAGAAGAGGAAAGGGAGGGUUAACACAGGAUAUUUGGGCUCUUUUGUAUUUAACACUGUUUCUGAUCAGAAAAUCCCUCCAGGAAUCUGAUGCUCAUGGAUAGACUCUCAGCCAGGUUUCUCAUUCUUCAAUUGUCUUUUCUAAAUUCCAACUGUAUUUUAUUUGAGAUGACUUAACUUAGACUUUCUGAUAGUUAUCUUCCUUUAUAUUGACUUCUUUGCUCUUUCUAGUCUUGGUUCUACUAAGCAAUACCACUCUCUUCCACUUGGACUAUAUCCUUCCUUCUUUAGUAGAUAAGCCUUUGCUGC